UAUUGAAUCAAGUCGGCGCGUGAUGCUCGUCUGUAUUAUUUUGUAUUUCCUCGGAGAAAUAAAGUUAAACGUGAAAUUUCACGUAGUUAACUUCUUUCAGGACGAAAUCAAAAGUGUAGGUCGAAGCAACGUCAAUUAAAGUGCUUCGACGUGCCGCUGCUUGUUUUUCCCACGUUUUCACAAGGAAAAAUUGAAGGCAUCGAAACUAACGAGUCAUCAACGAAUCCAAGAUGGCAGAAGGCCAGGACAGUCAGAAGAAAAUUACUAUUACCAUUAAAACGCCCAAAGACAAACAGAGCGUUGAAAUCGAAGAAAAUGCGACUAUUAAAGAUUUUAAAGAUGCAGUUGCUAAGAAAUUUAAUGCACAACCGGAGCAAUUAUGUUUGAUAUUUGCUGGAAAGAUAAUGAAAGAUCAUGAGAAUCUAACAAAUCACAAUGUCAAAGAUGGUCUAACAGUACACCUGGUCAUAAAAGCACCGCGAAGUACUACGAGUCAAAAUAAUCAGGAUAGCACGCCUCAAAGAUCGGCAGCUGACAUAAAUAUGUCACCAUUUGGAUUGGGUAGCCUGGGUGGUUUAGUUGGCUUAGAAAAUCUUGGACUUGGUUCAGCAAAUUUUGUCGAGUUACAGCAAAGAAUGCAAAGAGAAUUGUUAACAAAUUCCGAAACUCUUAGACAAGUUUUUGAUAAUCCACUGGUACAGAGUUUUUUGAACGAUCCCGAGAAUAUGCGUACUUUGUUACUUGAAAAUCCUCAGAUGCAAGACUUGAUGCAACGUAAUCCAGAAAUCAGUCAUAUGUUGAACAAUCCGGAUCUUCUUAGACAAACUAUGGAAUUAGCUCGCAAUCCAUCGAUGUUACAAGAACUAAUGCGAUCUCACGAUCGGGCACUAUCCAAUCUUGAAAGUAUUCCAGGAGGCUACAGCGCACUAAGACGCAUGUAUAGAGAUAUUCAAGAGCCAAUGUUAGCUGCAGCGGCUAAUGAAAGAAACCCCUUUGCCGCCUUAGUAGAAAAUAGUAAUGCAGAUUCGCAAAAUCCACAACAAGGUCAAGAAAAUAGAGAUCCAUUACCAAAUCCUUGGAAUCAAGGACAAACUGAUACACCGAAUACUGGAUCCCAGUCAACUGGAACCGGUACAGGAAGUACAAGAGGUUUUUUGGAUAUACCAGGAAUGCAAGACUUUGCGUCACAGGUGCUAGACAAUCCCACUCUUAUGCGCAAUUUGAUGAAUGCUCCUUACACGCGUGCCAUGCUAGAAACUAUGGCUGCAGAUCCAGAAACAGCGAGCAGAAUAAUAUCUGCAAAUCCAUUUUUGAGAAAUAAUCCACAAAUGCACGAACAAAUGACAGCUAUGAUGCCUACAUUAAUUCAGCAAAUGCAAAAUCCACAAAUGCAAAAUAUCAUUACCAAUCCUGAUGCUAUGGCUGCUGUAAUGCAAAUUCAGCAGGGUAUGGAGCAGCUUCGAACUAUUGCACCAGACUUAGUUGGAAAUAUGGGGUUAAACGUUCCUCCUAAUCCCACAAAUACAACAAGUGCAACUCCCACAACAAACGCCACUCCUACAACUGGCCAACAACAAGCUCCGCAGGUUGACAUACAAAAUCAACAAGAAGCAUUCUCUCGAUUUAUGACGCGAAUGAUUUCAGCCGUAGGUCGAAAUCAAGGAGCUGAAGUUGAUGGGCAACUUCCUCCACCAGAAGAACGGUACAGAGCACAACUAGAGCAAUUAACGGCAAUGGGUUUUGUUAACAGAGAUGCAAAUUUACAAGCAUUGAUUGCUACGUUCGGAGAUAUAAAUGCUGCCGUUGAAAGACUAUUGGCCAGUGGACAAGUAUCUAUGAGCUAACCACCAUCUAGCAAUGCUGUUAUUCCAUUAUAAAUAAUAAUUUUCCUUACUUUCCCAAUUGCAUCAGACAAGGUGAUAGAUAACUUGAAGUAGCUUUUGACUGUCCAAACUUAUAAGAAAAAUUUUAUUCCUGCUAACGUUGACAGAAUACACGCUACUUUUUUUCAUUCA